GGGCAGCGCCGUUAGUUUUUGGUGCGGGGAGAGUGAGCGGUGUUCGUGACCGGCUCCGGCCUGGCGGGUGGUUGAAUCUUUUUUUGUUGAAACCCUUAUAUAUUGGUUAUUUUUUAAUUGGGUUGGUUGUCGGAUGAGGCCUCCUCCCUCUCCCGCUCUCAGGUGCCGUUAAGUGAAGUCGGAGUUUGAGGCGAUGGAGAGCGGGGAGGAGCCGGAUCAGGAACCCGACCAGCACCGGGAUCAGGAACAAUCCCAAUCCCUCAACCUGACCGAGUUCUCGGAUGAGAUCCUGUUGACCAUCCUGAGGUUCGUGCCCAGCUGCGACCUGCUGCUAAAUGUCAGGAAAGUGAAUAGAAAGUUGGCGGCUCUGUGUGUGGACAAGAGCCUGGUCAGCUCUGUCACACUGCACAAGGAGUACCAGGAAAAUGACACCAAGGUGACUUCUCUCCUGAAAGAAAUAGCUAGUGACAUUCAACUGCUGAAACUGAGUGGCUGCUAUUGGUUGUCUGGCUCAACCAUUGAUCAGGUGGCAAAGUGUAAAAACAUCCUGAAGCUUGACCUGACAGGAUGCCGCAUGACAUCACUGCGCCUCUCCAGGAUGCUGUCUGUACUCCGGAACCUGCGCUCUCUUGCUUUAGACGUCAGCCAAGGAUUUGAUGUUGGCCAACUUAACAGUGAAUGUAAGGCAACACUUGGCAAAGUAACUGAACUCAAGCAGACUUUAUUCACCCCUUCCUAUGGCGUUGUCCCUUGCUGUACCAACCUGGAGCGGCUGUUGCUUUAUUUCGAAAUCCCUGACCGGACUCGAGAGGGUGAAAUGCUUUCGGGCCAGCUGAUGGUUGGACAAAGCAACAUCCCCCACUAUCAAAAUCUCAAGGUAUUCUAUGCAAGGUUGUCUCCAGGCUAUGUUAACCAGGAAGUCGGGAGGUUUUACCUAUCUGUGCUGAGUAUUCGGACUCCGGAGAACCUGCGUGCCUUUAUCCUAUCUGUCCCUGGGGUUUUUGUUGACACCGGAUGCUCCACACGGAACUUCCUAGAUUGCAUGACUAAAAACUUUAGCUUGGAAGCAUUGCAGCUCCCUCGUUCCUGGCUGAAUGGAUCCUCGCUCCUACACUCGUCACUUCUGCACACCAUUACGUUGAGCAACCCUGUCUAUUUGAACUUCAGCCACUGCAUCCUGUCUGGCUGCCAGUUGAGCCAUCAAAUAAUUAACGGCGGCAGAAAUGUCCAGUCGUUAGUUAGCUUGAACCUCAGCGGCUGCGUCCACUGCCUGCUGUCGGACUGCUCCGUCUUUCGCAAGGCCAAAGAUGACAUUGAUUUUGAUGUGGUGGAGGCACUGGUGAACUGUUGCCCCAACCUGAGGCACCUGAAUCUGUCUGCAGCUCACCACCACAGCCCCGAAGGGGCGGGAAAGCACUUGUGCCUGCUGCUGGCGAGGUUGAAACAGUUGCGCUCGUUAUCGCUCCCCGUGUGUUGCAUUGUGCAAAGUGCCAAAAGCGCCGACAAGCUCCCUAACCACACGGUGCCGGUCUUGGGGGCGCAGUCUGUGCGCCGGGGUCUGGGCAAGAAGGUUCGCAUUGGAGUUCCCACCUACCCCAAGAAUAUCCAGGAGCAGCUGUCGCUGAACUUGCCAGCAACGGUGUUUGGGACUCUCCUGGAGAAUGUACCCUUCUUGGAAGAGCUUGAGCUGAUUGGCUCCAGUUUUUCCUCGAACGUGCCUCGAAACGAGCCGGCCAUCCGGAACCUGCAGCCGCCCUGCGACCGUGCGCAGCGGAUCCGAGACGAAGAGCUGGCACUCAUUGGACAGCUGCAGCGCUUGCACAGCCUGACUUUGGCCCAGCUUCCUGGCAUUCUUUCUGGGUCAGGGCUGAUUGGCAUUGGACUGAAGUGUCAGCAGCUACAGACAUUGUCCCUGGCAAACCUUGGCCUGUUGGGGAAAGUUGCUUACAUGCCAGCCUUGUGUGAAAUGCUGAAACACUGCAAACAAUUGAAGGACUUGAGACUAGAACAGCCAUACUUGUCAGCAAGUGCGCAGUUCUUCCAAGCACUGGGCCACUGCUCAUCACUGGAACGAUUCUGCAUUGUCUCUCGGCAUGGAACUUUCCAGCACGAUGCGGUGAUAUCGUUCAUGACCAAGUGCCCGGAUGUUGUUAUGUGUCACAUGUUCACAGGAGAAACUCUAGUGGCGUGCAAGAACCUUCAGCAAGCACUGAUUCAGGGUUUCCAGACUGACCGGCCUGCUCUGAACGUGGCCAUAUUCCCACUCCUUCAUGAAGGUCUUGCUGACAUCAUCCGAGAUGUUCCAAUGAUGCACUUGGAUGAAAUAACUCUAUUUAAAAGUCGUGUUGCAGAAGACCCUCUGCAUCUCUGGUGGUGAUACUUAAUGUUGCCAAGAAGGAAAAGGAAUGGAAUACAGUGUGGAUGACCCCAUGUCUGACUAUUCUCCUGAAUUCUUCUGCCUGUCAAUGACACUGUUAUUUAAAAUAAAGCUCCCAUAUGUUUACUGUCUUGUGGAAACCAGAAAAGGGUUGAAGUUUGAAAAUUACAGAAGUUUUUUUUGUUGCCAUGUUUUCCUGCAAAACUCCAUAAAAUUUGGGUCAACACCAAUAGUGAUGGACUUUGUGUAACAAGUUUUAUGUUGUGCCUGAUGUAGUCUUCACAGUAAUUGGAAAUAAGAACAUGAGAAGCCAAGGGCAAGUAACAACCUAUCAACACUCAUCGCCCUAGUUCCCUAAUACUCUCCCAGAAUAGCAUUCAUUGUGUUUUGAGCAUAACUAAUGUUUGCCCCUACUUGUUGCUUAAUUUACUUUUCAUUAGAUUAAAUCUUCUGGUUCGGUCUUUUCCUGCAGAGUCUUUGCAAAAAUCAGUGCAACCAAGUUUAGACUAGAUUCUCUUUUUGUUGCUCUGUCCCCAGAUUAACUGCUGCUUUUUUAGACAGUGCUUGAUCUUCAGUAAUCUUUCUUUAGCUCACACACUUUACAAUUGGGAUCAGUCUUGUCCUUCUCUGCACCCUCUUAAGUGUUUGUAUAUGUUCUUUGUGAUGUGAUGACCAGCAUUAAAUACAGUUCUUUAAGUGUGGUCUGACUGGUGUGUUGUAAAGUCUUUGCAUAAUCUCUUGGCACUUGUACCCUAUUUUUUGGCAAAGUAUUCUUUUUGCCUUCUUAAAUUGCUUUGCUUUUGUUUGGGCACAAAAUGAUACUGCUGCCACUCCCAAUUCCAUUUCUAAGUCUCUGAAUCUAAUUCACUGUGUACAUAUGCACGUACAUAGAAUUUACAGCACUAGAACAGGUAUUUGGUCCAGCUACUAUAUUCCAGCGUUUAUGCUCAUGUGUCACCUCUUCCCACCCCUAUUCAUCUAACCCUAAAAGUAUUUCUUUCUAUUCCUGUCUCCAUUAUGUACUUGCAUAGCUUCUGCAAAAAUGCGGCAAUGACAAUUAUGUAACAUGCAUAUAGGGGGAAGCUGGAUAUAGAUUACAUUUAUUUGUGCUAAAUGCAUUUACUGUUUGAAAAGCCACAUGCAAAGGUAAUCUAAAUCUAUUACACCAUUUUACUGUUGGUCAGAAUUGGCAAUUGGCGUAUUUUUGGCCACUAUUAAUUCCAUCAUGGUGAAGCAUGUUUUAUGGAUUUCUUAUUUGGGUCUUUGCAUCCUCUGCUCCGGGUACCAAUUCAAAGCUGGAAUUGUGCCUUUAUUCAGAUAAAGUGAGAUUGCGUUUCAAUGUGUUUGCAAUGCAAGCUGAGCAGGGGUGGAACACAGGACUCCUGUAGUGGUUGAGUUGGUGAGGACCCUAGACCGUACAGUUUGUUCCCAGGCUCCAUCUCUUCUCUGUGCUCAGCUGCUCCCAGCUGGGACCUUGAAUAUGCUACUGUGCUUGGCUUCCUUUGCUGUAAGCUGGUGUAGUUUGGUUGGGGGAACCGACUAGGGCUCUACAAUUGCUAUGCAAUAAAAGUUAAAGAGCCUACAAGAUUCAUUAUGAAAAAUAACCACCUGGUUGAUGUCAGUGGGUGUCUGCAUGUGGAACUGUCUCCCAGUAUGAUUUAAAGAAAAUAGGAAGGAUAAAUUUCAUAGGCACUAUAUUUAUUUGAAAAAAGCAGAUUUUGAAUGGAGAAUUUUGAGCUGUUGCACUACUGCUGAACUCCUGUUGGUAGCACUGCUGAUCUAUUAAAGAUCUGCUUUUGGCAGCACCACCACUUUGAAUGUAAUUGUAUUGUAGAGAUUGUAAACCAUUUAUGUUCCAUUUCCUAUUUCUUUGAUAAACCAUCACUUUUA